UUAUUCUCUCUCUCUGGGACACAAGAACAACAGCCAGGAUUGGUGAUAUAGGAGUUAAGGGGUGCCUGAGAGCUUUCACAGCUCACCAUGGGCACUAGGACGCUCUUACUCCUUGUGCUGUUCACCAGCAGCUGCACGUUUGCCCAGGAUGAUGGGCCAGACAGCCAGAGCCCAAGCUGUUCAAGAGAUUCAACAAAAUUCAAACAUCUUAGGAAAUACACAUAUAAUUAUGAGGCAGAAACCUCCAGUGGAGUGACGGGUACUGCUGACUCACAAAGCGGAUCCAAAUUCAACUGCAAGGUGGAACUGGAAGUCCCCCAGCCAUGCAACUUCAUCUUGAGGAUAAAACAGUGCACCCUGCGAGAGGUGUACGGAGUGAACUCAGAGGGCAAAGCAAUCUACAAGAAGUCCAAGAACUCUGAGGACUUCUCCAAUGCUAUGUCCAAGUAUGAAGUGAGUUUCAGUAUUGUGGAUGGGAAGCAGGUCAUCUUAUAUCCACAUAACGAUGAGCCUGUUAAUGUAUUAAACAUGAAGAGAGGAAUUAUCUCAUCGCUUCUUGUUCCAGAUGAGACACAGGAGACUGGUACCGUGGAUACCGUGUAUGGUAAAUGCACCAGUGAGGUCAGUGUGUCUGGGAAGAAAGGAGACACAGAUGUUAAAGUGACCAGAAAUCUGAGGACUUGUGACCAGUUCACACCAUUCAGAGACUACGUUAGCCCCAUCGCUCUCUUCAAAGGACUGAAUGCGCCAUUAUCCACGCUGCUCAGUAGCAGCCAGUCAUGCCAGUACAGCAUGGACCCCAGACGAAAGUGCAUUUCAGACGCAUCCUGUGUGGAGACUCACCUGUUCCUUCCAUUUUCUCACAAAAAACAAUAUGGCAUGAUGGCUAAAGUGACACAAACAUUAAAACUGGAAGACGUGUCGAAAACCAACAACAGAGAAUUUUCAGACUCAGCAAACAUCAAAAGCUUAGCCAUGGAGGCUUCACACUACCAGUCCAGUAAUGAAGAUGCAGUUAUAGAUAACCUCAUGAUGCUGCAGAAAAUGUCUACUAGUGAGCAGAACCAGCAGAGAGCAAACCAAUUCCACAAACUGGUAACUGCGCUAAGAUCCCUCAACAAUGAGACACUGGGACCACUCGUGCCAAGACUUAUGGAGCUGUCAAGCCCCAUCACACUGCAAGCUCUGACCCAAUGCGGCACUCCAGAAUGCUUUGGAGGUCUACUGCAGGUGCUGCGGACAGGGCAGAUGACUCCAGUACUGACUGAUACUGUUACCUAUGCGCUUGGCCUCCUGCCAUCACCAUGUACUAAGCGUGUGCGCGAACUUCUGAACAUGGCACAGUACCAGCAAAGCAGAGCCUCAUUCUAUGCCCUGAGCCACGCAGUAAACAACUUCUACAAAGACACAUUCACCAUCACUUCUGAAGUAAGGGAUGUGGCUGACUUCAUGGCAUCUCUGAUUGGGAGCGAGUGCAAUGGAGACCAAGAUAAGACCUUCCUGACCCUCAAGGCUGUUGGCAUUAUGGGAAGCGUCUUAGAAGAAGCCAAUCCACAAAUCAGGUCCUCUGUUCUGAAAUGUGUUAGUCAGGCUCCAUCCCCUGAUGUCCAGAAGGCAGCUAUUCAGGCGCUUCGGAAAAUGACAGUCACAGAUGAAGUUCGGAAUUCACUUGUCCAAGUUUUCCAGGACAACAACUCUCCUGUACAAAAGAGACUGGCAGCUUACCUCACCGUGAUGAAGAACCCUUCACAGUCUGACCUCCAAAAAGUUCUUCGAGUGCUCAGCAAGGAUGACAGUGAAGUGAGGAACUUUGUUGCCUCACACAUUGUUAACAUUCUAAAUUCUGAAGCUCCAGAAACCCAAGAGCUCAAAAGCCAACUGGAAGAGUCCAUGAAAUCAAACGGAGCACCACCUAUUGUCACUGAUUUUGCAAAAUCCUCACGCAACUACCAAUACUCCAAGAAUCUAAAUAUUCCUGGAAUGGCUGACAGUGACAAUGUAGCUGCUAAGGUAGAAGGAAACAUAAUCUAUGAUUCUACCGGUUACAUGCCUCGUGAAGUCAUGCUGAAGGAGACACUGAAUGUAUUUGGACAGUCCGUGGACAUGUUUGAGAUUGGCAUUGAAGGCAAAGGUUUUGAACCAACUCUGGAUGCUCUGUUUGGAAAAGGAGGCUUUUUCCCUGACUGUGCUACAAAAGCUCUGUACUGGGCAGAUGGCAAAGUCCCUGACAAAGUCAGCGAGGUUCUUUACAAGUGGUUUGGUGUCUCCAGACAGGACAAACAAUCUGAGGAUCUUAAAAAGGCUAUCCUCUUUAAUGCUGAGAAGCUGAUCAAAGAAAUCAGAGCAAACAAUGCGCCAGAAGCCAACGCCUAUUUGGAAAUUCUUGGUAAAGAACUGGGCUACGUUAAACUGAGUGAUUUCAAGAUCUUGGGAGAUAUGCUGCUGAAGAAUUUCCACUCCAUCCAUAAUCUUCCAACAAAGAUUGCGCAGUUAUUUUCAGCUGGUGGUGAGAGUGAUAUGUUCGUCCACUACAUCUUCAUGGACAAUCAGUUCUACCUGCCAACAGGAUCUGGCCUUCAGCUUCAAGUGUCCAUGUCUGGAAUUAUUACUCCAGGAGCCAAGUUUGGAUUUACAUCCAAAAAUAAAAAGGCUGAACUGAGUCUGAAACCAGCAGUGGCUGUGGAAUUUGUCACUCAGUUAGGAGUCCAGAUUCCCGAAUUUUCCAAACAUGCGGUCUUAAUGAACACCAACAUCUACCACGAAUCUGGAAUUCAGGCUCGCGUAUCUGUGAAUAAUGGACAGUUCAAAUUCUCAGUCCCGGCACCCACCACUCCAGUAAAACUCUUCAGUAUCAACAACAAGGUUAACUUGGUCUUUGCAUCAAAGACUGAAGUCAUGACCUCCAUUGUCCAAAACCGUGAGGAGCAGUCAUCUUGCAAGCCUCUGAUCACAGGGCUGUUAUACUGUACCAACAUUGGGUAUUCCAAUGCCAGCUCAAUAGAUGGAGCCCCCUACUUCCCACUUACUGGAGAAACCAGAUUUGAGGUGGAGAUCCAGCCAACAGGAGAGGUGCAGGAAUAUUCUUUGGCAACACGUUAUGGGUCUAACAAAGAAGGAACAGACUUGGUGAACUUCCUGCAAGUGUCGGCUCAAGCAGAAGGGGUUAAGUCAUCCGAGGCACUGCUGACCUUUAAAUACAACCGUGCCAAAAUGCUCUGGACUAGUGAUUUGGAGAUUCCCAGUGCCAAUAUUAAUCUUGGCACCAGACUGAAAUUAAGUGAUGACUCUAAUCCUAACAUGGAUUCUUACACACUUACUGCUGAACUUGUCAAUCAACAGAUCCCAGAAGUUACUCUGACUGGCAGGCUAAACCAUGCUUACGGGUCACAAGCUGCCGUGAGUGGGACCCUUAGCAUCCCCAAAUUACACAUGGAAGCCAGGACAGAUGCCAAUGUUAUGAGUGUUUCUGGAAACCACAAGCUUCAGAUACAGUCCUCUGCUAAGAUCUGCGCAUUGACCGCAUCUCAGGACCUUGUGUUCACAUAUGAUGAUGAUAAGAUUGAGCUACAGUGGAACACUGGCAGUAACACCAAUGUUAAGAAGAUCCUUUCCAAACUUCCAGAAUUUAAAUUCUCUUACCCAGAGACUAUAAAGACCUAUACCAACGAUGUGCUGGACCAUAAGGUUGCUCAGACUGACAUGACCCUCCGCCAUAUUGUGUCACAGUCACUGGUGUCAGCUGACAAUUGGUUGCAGAAGGCAUCAAAGGAAAGUCCGUAUGCACAAACACUUGCCAAUAAAUUGACUGCAUUAAAAGAAAUGGAUCUGCAAAAACUGGGCAUUCCACCAUUCCCAGAUGAUCUAUUUUUGAAAAGUGAUGGAAGAAUUGCCUAUCGUUUUAACAAGGACAGUAUUACCAUCAAUAUCCCAUUGCCCUAUGGUGGAAAGCCAUCCCACCAAGUGAUGCCAUGGACAGUAAGAUCCCCAGCCCUGGAGUUGAAUUCAGCAGGAAUAAGUGUCCCAUCACAAGAGUUCAGGGUUCCAGCUUUCACUAUACCUGAGUAUUACCAACUUAGAGUGCCCCUAAUUGGCCUUCUGGAUGCCUCAUCUAACUUAAAUAGCAACUACUACAACUGGUCAGCAUCCUAUUCUGGAGGCAAUGCGACUAGUGACAUCUAUCGGUUCACUUCUAGAUACCAAAUGAAGGCAGAUGCCAUUUUGGAUGUUUUGUCAUAUUCCAUUGAUGGUUCCGGGGUGGCAGCAUAUGAUCCAAUGAAAGCAUUAAGUCUGUCCUAUGAGGGAUCUUUAAGCCAUACCCUGCUUGAAUCAAGCAUGAGAUUCAGCGAGCAGUACAACUUCAGGAGUAAUCAGAUCUUUAAAGGAACCUAUGCAUAUCAGGCCAGAAGUGUUCUGGGAUUAGAUGCCUCUGGAGCUCUUUCAUCCAAGUCAUCAUUAGCAAAUAAUAUACUGACAACAGAGGUUGAAACUAAUGAGCGUUUUGCUUUAGCGUCAUUGUUUGCCAACAGUGACUUAAGGCUUGUCACCACAUUCAACAUGGACAAUUUCCAGGCUAAAGCUGAUUCCAACUUUCAGUUUGAUUCCUCUUUCUUGAAAGCCACCAACAAGAUGUCCGGAAUGUUCUUGACAGAAGCGGUGACAAUGUCUUCAACCACUGAACUGCUUGAUGGAGCUCUUGUUAACACCAUGUCUUUAGAUUACAGGAAUAAACAGCUGACCCUGAAGUCAGAUACAAAUGGAAAUUACUACAAUCUGGUUGGGUUAAACAAGCUUGAGUUUACCAUUUCCAAACAGAUGGCUGCUGUACGCUCUGAAUGCCAGGCAAACUACAAACGUAACAGAUUCUACACUCUCCUAACUGGCUCCCUGAAUUCUCUUGGUCUAGAACUAAAUGCUGAUGUAACCCUCAAUAAUCAGCAAAGCAGAGCUGCACACAAAGCUACUUUAAAGCUUAGCCAAGAUGGUCUGUCUACCAGUGCAACAACCAGUGUCAACUUUAACCCCUUAAUGCUGGAAAAUGAGUUUAAUGCUGGAAUUGGAAGUUCAGGAGCAGUGAUGAAAAUGAUGGCAAAUGGACGAUACCGAGAGCACAGCGCCAAGAUUUCUGUUGACGGAAAAGUUGCCAUGAUGGAACUGUCUUUGGGUAGUGUCUAUCAAGCUACAAUUCUUGGUUUAGACAGUAAGAAUCUAUUCAACUUUAGGAUUAGCCGAGAAGGACUUAAAUUCUCAAACAACCUAAUGGGCUCAUAUGAUCAAGUGAAACUUGAAAACAGCAAUGAUUUAAGCAUUGUGGGAACGACAUUACAGUUUACCUCUAAGUUUGAAAAUUCCUUAAGCUCUGACAAGUUCCACAAGCACAGAUUUGAAUUCCAGAUGCAACCUUACACUAUGACAUCUUUGCUAAAUAACGAACUACAAUAUGGCUCCUUGGAAUUAACCAACAGAGGCCAGCUUCAACUUGAAUUAUUCAAGUUAAAUAUCAAUGGCAAUAUCAGAGGUGCAUUUAACAAAGAUGAAAUAAAGCAUUCCUAUGGAUACUCAGUUGGAAACCUGGCUGCAAAUCUGAACACAGACACUGUUGCGAAUAUACAAGGAACAGCUCACACACAUAGAUUUACCCUUGAUAUUGCUGGCCUUUCAGCCUCACUUAGCAGCAACACAAACUGUGAAUCAAAAUAUAUGCGCUUCAGCAACAUGAUCCGUUCUGUUGUGGAACCAUUCACCAUUACCAUUGACUCUCAGACCAAUGGAGAUGGGAGACUGAUGAUUUUUGGAGAACAAUCAGGACAGCUUUACAGUAAAUUCAUCCUAAAAGCCGAGCCUCUUUCUUUCAACUUAGUCCAUAAUUACCGAGGAUCCACCAGACAUUCAUUAGGUACAGGCAAUACACAUGAAACCCUUCUAGACUACAAAAUCAACCUGUUAUUCACACCAGCAGAGCAGUUAAGUUCUUUGAAGCUGAAGAGCAGCUUGAACCAAAACACAUACAUCCAAGACUUUAGUGCAUACAACAAUGCUGAUGGUAUUGGAGUUGAGAUUAAUAGCCAGGCCUUGGCAGACCUCUCAAUCCUGGACAAAGAGAUCCGUCUACCAUUUGCCCAGUUCAAUCCAAUUGAUGCAUUAAACUUAAGAGACACUGUAAACAGUCCCCAAGAGUUCAGCAUCUCUGGACACAUAAAGUAUGACAAGAAUAAAGACAUGCAUGUCAUCAGUUUGCCUUUUAUCGAGAACAUGUCCUUGUAUUUUGAGAAAAUAAGAACUGUAUUAAUUAAUGCCCUACAAGCGCUGCAGAAUUCAUUGAAGGAAGUGAAUAUUGACCAAUAUGUACAGAGAUACAGAAGGGCGGUGGACCCCGCUGUGCAAAACGUAAUAGACUAUGUGGAAAAUUUGAAUGUAGAAGAAAAGGUUAGACUAGCAAAGGAUAAAAUAUACACAUUAACCAAAGAAUAUAAAGUGGGGGAACUGCAGUCUGUAGUUGAGGAGUACUUUGCAGCAGUUCAGUACCGCCUACAGGUCUAUGUGAAUGAAAUGGACAGAUACAUAAGAGAGAAUUAUGACUUUGAGCAGCUUAAGAGGGCUGUUGAGAUGUUUAUACAAAGAUGUGUUAACAAACUGAAAGCUUUAGAUUCUGAAUACAGAGUUCGAGAAAAGAUCUUUGAAUUUGUUCAGAACAUACGUGUGCAGCUGGAACAAUUUAAUAUCAAUGAUUUAGGACAAAGCGUGGCUGCCUGGAUUCAGAAUGUAGAUGACCAAUAUCAAAUCAAAGCUAGGCUGCAAAGACUCUUACAACAAAUUCAAGUGUAUGUUCAGAGAGUUGAUCUUGACCAAAUAUCACAAAACAUAAAAGCAGCACUGCAAAGCAUUGACAUGUCCCAAUAUGUAGCAAAGAUAAGAAACUAUUUGCCAGUUGAGAAGCUCAGUGUUGUUAUAGAGUACAUUAAAAAUCUUAUCACCACACAGAUGGAGGAAUUUGAAAUCGGUGAAAAAAUAAAUGUUGUUGUUGACAAACUACAAGACUUUGUGGCCGACUAUGAACUUGAUAAAAAAGUGGAAGUUAUUCUAGAAAAGUUUGUUGAGUUCCUCAACCAGCAGAAAGUCAAGGAGACAGUAAAAAAGAUAGCAGAUAUGCUCAAUAACAUUGAUAUCAGACUAUAUUAUAAAAAAGUUCUCACUCUUGUUGAUUCCACAGUCAAGCAAGUGAGAGACUAUGACUUUAAGAAGCUCAUUGAGCACAUCAAUUACUACCUUGAUAUUGUAAUAAGGAAAAUGCGGUCUUUCGAUUAUGACAAGUUUGUGGAUAAUAUCAACAUGUGGAUAAAGGACACAACCGAAAAGCUAAAUGAUAAAAUGAAGGCCUUGGAACUGCCUCAGAAGGCUGAAGCCUUAAGACAGUAUUUAAAUAACGUAAGAGCAGUGGUAACUGAAUAUCUUCAACAAGUAAGAGACACCAGACUUGCUGCCAUCAUGCAGUGGUAUGACGAUAUCAUGACCUCCACAGUAAUAAAUGAGUGGAAGACCAGGGUAAUUGAACAUCUUGAAGAUUACAGAGACCGAAUCUCUUCAAUGAACAUACAAGAAGAAUGUAAGAAAUAUCUUCAACAACUGAGCCAGGCCUACAGGCGCUUCUUGAUGUUUGUAACAGAGCAGUGGAACCUUACAGCUGUCCAGAUUACACGUUUUUCAGAAGAGAACAAUAUUAAAGAAUGGUCUGACAAAGUUAAAGUUUUUGUAGAGGAAGGAUUUGUCGUACCAAAAAUUAAUAUAGGAUUUAUCCACAUUCCAGCAUUUGAAAUUAGCCUCCGUGCUCUUAGGGAGGCAACAUUCAGAACACCAUUCUUUACUGUGCCAUUCACUGAUCUGGAAAUCCAGUCUGUGGAGAUUAAUUUUAGGAAACUAAAAGAUAUGGAAAUUCCAACAAGAUAUGUUACUCCAGAGUUCACUAUUUUGAAAACAUAUAAAGUACCAUCAUAUGUUAUUGAUCUCAAUGAAAUUAAGCUGAAAAUUGUACGAGUAAUUGACCAGAUCAUUUCAAGUGACUAUAAGUGGCCACCUCCAGAUGUAUUAUUAAGAGAUCUAAAAAUGAGUGACAUGGGGCUUCCUGAAUUUUCCAUUCCAGAAAUCUAUAUUCCUAAUAUGCAACUUCCUGAAUACAAAAUCCCUAAACUAAAUCUAGAAAAUUUCAAAUUUCCUGAAAUACAGAUUCCUGAAUUCCAGCUUCCAAAGAUUCCACACACUGUCUCUAUUCCAACGUUUGGCAAGCUUUCUGGCUCAUUCAAAGUGAGCUCACCAUUUUUCAAUAUGGCAACUUUAGCUGAGGUCAAGAAUACUACUGUAUCUGAGAAGUCACCAGAAAUCAUUGCAUCCCUUACAACGGAAGCCACAUCUAUGAUUGAAGCUUUGGCUUUUACUUUUGCUGCUGAUGCUCACAUUUCUGCUCCCUUGCUGGAACAGUUAAUCAUCAAGGAAACUGUGUUAUUGGCUCACAACAAUGUGAAAUUGGAUCACUUUAGUGAGAUCACUUUCUUGUCAAGUCACAUUCAGACACAGAUUCAAACCAAAGCUAAUCUAAGAACUGAGAAGAAUUCAGCUGAGUUGCAGAAUUCAAUUAUUGUGAAAAUAGAAAAGAGAAUAACAGCAGAUGUUACAACUAAAUAUUCCCAUAGACUCAAUAUUCCUCAACUGGACUUCACCAGCCAGCUCAACCUCCAAAAUGAUAUUGACACAACUGUGGACAUUGGACGCAUCACUCUCAUAUCUUCUGGUAAAGGAAGCUGGAAAUGGGCUUGCCGGUAUUUCUCAGAUGAAGGUACCCAUCAAGCAGACCUAAAGUUCAACCUGAAAGGUGGCAACAUUGAAAUUUUGGGAACCAACAAGAUCAAUGACAAAUAUCUAAAAUUAGAUCAAAGCCUUAAGUAUGACUCAGUGUUCUUAAAUUAUGUGACACUUGAAAUGAUGUCAAAGGCAGAUGCACCUAACAUCGGAAACAGCAUUAUGACAGCUAAAGGAAGGGCACAAGUUAGUGAGAUGAAAAUAGAACUAGAGGCAAAUCAUAACUCAGAGUUAGUAGGGCGAGCAACUGGCACAAUAAACAACAAUUUUGCCUUUUUAGCAAAGGCAUUUGAAAUAAAACUGUCUACUGCUAACAAUGGAAAUCUCAAAGUCAGUUUCCCCCUUAAGCUCACUGGCAAGAUUGACUUCAUGAAUAACUAUGAGUUUACAUUGAACCCUAAUGUUCAGCAAGUGUCAUGGCAGGCUAAUGGAAGGUUCAACCAAUACAAGAUUGCUCAUACAAUUUCACUAGGAAAUAAUGAAGAAAAUAUUGGAGCUGCUUUUGAAAUGAACGGGGAAGCUGUCCUUGACUUUCUGACAAUUCCAGUCUCUAUUCCAGAAAUUACUAUCCCAUAUACAUCACUUAAAACAACCCCAGUUCGAGAAUUUUCUUUGUGGGAAAGAACUGGACUGAAAAAUUUGUUGACAUCAACCAGGCAGAACUUUGAUCUUAAUAUAAAGCUUCAAUACCAAAAGAACAAAGACACGCAUGCAAUUCCUCUGCCGUUAGACAAACUUUUUGAUUCUAUUAAUACAAACAUGAAGACCCUUAGCAAAACAUUUGAAAUUGGACGAGACAAAACGUUGAAUUUUAUGGUGGAUUCCUAUAACCAGGCUAAGAUGAAAUUUGACAAACAUAGAGUAGACAAUCAGGUGAGCAGAAUUCCAAGAACCUUUAGGAUUCCAGGCUACACCAUCCCACUAGUCAAUGUUGAGGUUUCCUCUUUCUCUGCUGAGCUUCCAGCUUUUGGAUAUGUAGUCCCUAAAGAAAUAAGCACCCCAAGCUUUGUGGUUCCAGUGAUUGGAUUUUCCAUCCCAACCUACAAAUUAGUUCUACCCUCACUUGAACUGCCUGUUCUUCAUGUUCCAAAAUCCUUACGCAGACUGUCCCUUCCCACACUAAAGUUACCAAUUGGACAGAACAGUAUUUUAAUUCCAGCUAUGGGUAACCUCACUUAUGAUUUCUUCUUUAAAUCCAAUGUGAUUUCACUAACCACAAGUGCUGGGAUAUAUAAUCAGUCCGACAUCUCUGCCCGGGUAAGCAUAGCCUCUACCUCUGUUAUUGAGAGCCUUCAAUUUAAUGUAGAUGCAACUACUUCUUUUACCAGGAAGAGAGGGCUAAAACUGGCGACAGGACUAGCUCUGAAAUCUGUCUUUGCUGAGGGAAAACAUGAAAGUUCCAUAUCAUUUGGAAAGAGAAACAUGGAAGCAUCUGUCAUCACAAAUGUACAAAUGGACCUAAGUCUGAUAAAGAGCACCUUCAAACAAGAACUUAAUGGCAACACAAAGACAAAACCUACUGUUGUAUCUAAAAUGUCCCUCACGUAUGACCUUAAUGAUGCAUUAUUUGGAAACACAGCUAAAGGAAAUCUUAUUCACACUCUAAAUCUUGAUACUCUUGCGUCUUACUUUUCAAUGGAAACUCAUGCAAGGGGAGAUAUAAGUGGAACACUUUUAUCUGAACAGAAGUUUAAUGGAUGGUUCAGCACUGAUGCAAACACCUACCAAAAUUCCAAUGGCCUCAGGUCAUCUGUGAGUCUUGUGUCCGGAUCUAGAGCAGACAGCAUUGGAAACAUGGAACUGACAGAGAGUCUGGCUGUUGAAGCAUCUACUAGCCGUGUAUUUGCUCUUUGGGAACAUAAAGGAGAAAACUAUUUCAGGAUCACCCCACUUUUUACAUCAAAGGGACAGCAAAGCAGCAAGGCAACACUAGAGUUAGCUCUUUGGAGUUUGCUGGCAGACCUUCAAGUUCAGAUUAACCAACCCAACUCAUUCAUUGACGCUGCAUCAUUAAACCAAGGAAUUUCACUAACCCUUAAUACAGAAAAGCAAGAAUUUAGUGCGAAAGGUCAUGGCAUUAUAGAGAACCUUAUUGCUGCUCAUGACCUGAAGCUAUCCAAUGACCAGACAGAUGCUAGGAUUGAGGUUGGUGGAUCCUUGCAAGGUUAUGUCGAUUUCCUAAAGUUAAUCAUACUUCCAGUGUAUGAUAGAAGUUUGUGGGAUGUCCUAAGGCUUGAUAUUACAACAAGCCCUGACAAGAAACAAUACUUAAAUGCUUCUACAUCACUAGUUUACACAAAAAGCAAGAAUGGAUUUUUCUACCCACUUUCAUCUAAGAAGCUAGGUGAUGGCUAUACAAUGAAAUUCCCAGGAUUUCGUUUCCCAAAAGAUGCCCAUCUUCCUUCAUCACUUCCAGAAGUCCAGUUCCCUGAAGUCCCCAUAAAUGUGCUAUACACUGCAGGAGAAGAUUCUAAAAUGUCCUUUGUUGAGCUUUCUGUACCACAAUAUCAAGUAACUCUGCCCAAAUAUACCCUUCCCCAAACUUUCUACAACUUAGAUUUCAACAUUUUGUUCAACAAGAUAGCAGACAUUGACCUACCAACAAUUGAAAUCCCAGAGCAGAGAGUUGUGAUCCCACCAGCAAGUCUAAAAAUUCCCGCUGGAAUUUACAUCCCAUCUUUCGGAGCCUUGUCUGGAUCCAUCCAGUUUACAACCCCGGUUUACAAUCUCACUUGGACAAACAAAGUGGCAAACAACCCAGAAGGUCUUGUUGGUUCCAUUGAUGCUACCAGCAGUUCAACACUAAGAUUCCUGGAGUUUGACCUAGACGCUUCAUUGGCUAGUUCUUUAAAUGGAAGAUCUCUGAAUAUCAUUGGACAGGGAAGUCUUGCACACGUGGACCUGAGUGCUGUUUGGAAGGAACAAAUAUCUUUCAAUGGAUUAAGGAUGCAAGGCCACAAUCUUCAAAUAGACAUAACUAGCCCGACAUUCACCAAUGUACAAAUAAAAUGCCAACAUGAUGAAAAUGGCAUUUCCUCAUCCAUAUAUUCUCCAUCUUGUGGAACUCUGGGGCUACAACUGGAAAAGGACUCAAAGACUAUCAAAAUUAGGCUCUACAGUCGUUCUUUGGCAUCUUCUGGAAAGGACACCUUAAUUUUGAAAAAUGAGAUAUCCCUAAAGAACCCAGAUAGGAUUCAGAACAAGCUGAAUUGGAGAGAGGAAGCUGCUCAAGAUGUUCUCAAUGGUCUGAAGGAGAGACUGCCCAAGAUGUCUGAUGCUGUCUACAGCUGCAUCAACAAAUACCACAAGGAACACUUCGGAAUGGACAUGAAAGAUGCUAGUCUACUUAUGAAUGAACGUCUUAAGUCCAAGGUUUCCUCAACAUACCAAUCUGCAACCAAUCAAAUUGACAAGAUGGAAUAUCAGCUUCGGUCAGCUGCCAGAGAUGCUAGCGGUAAAUAUGCAGAUGUUGUGUACAAAGCACAACAGUUGUACCAGCAGCCACCAGACAUGUCAUACCUCAUGAGUGAUGGUGAGCUGGGAGCUCAACUUUAUGAUAAAUCAAUUACCGUUAUAAGAAGCUACCAAACUACAGUGAGAGAUAUAAUUGAUGCUUCUGUUGAGUUUUUAAAGAGCACCAGAUUUCAGUUACCAGGCCAGACCCAAAAAUACACCGGGGAAGAGCAGUUCUCUAUGGGGAUGAAAUGGGCAACUUCAAAGAUUGAAGCAUGCAUUGAGAAGAUCCAGCAGCUUCUCGAUAACCUAAUUCAAUCAAUUAAUAAGACUAACUUCAAAAUCCCUGGCACAGACACAGUUAUUGAGGGCAGACAAGUCAUCAUGGCUGUACAAGACUUUCUGAAAGAACUCCAGCAGAUUACUAAAAAGAUUUUUAUUGAUCUCCAAAACUUCAGCCUUGAGAAAAAUCUGCAGAAUCUUAAACGUUUGAUUCAAGAGAUUUCACAAAAAUCUGAAAAACUAAUUGAAGCCCUUAGGUCUAGAAACUACCAAGACAUGAAACACCAAACUCAACAGAUGUACAAUGAUGCAGUGAACUCCAAAUAUGUACAGUAUGCUAGUGACCUUGCUGAUAGAAUCAAAAAGAGCACCAGUCAUUUGGUAAAAGUUUGCCAGACUCUAUAUGAAGAACUUUCGGAGAAAACAAAGCAGCUUCUCAUCUAUGGCAGGGCCUUGCGAGAAGAGUAUUUAGAUCCAAAUAUCGUGGGGUGGUCAGUGAAAUAUUAUGAGCUGGAAGAGAAAGUCGUUCAGUUCUUCAAAUUUAUCAUCGAUUCACUGAAAGAACUUCCAUCAAAAUAUGGAGUGGAUGUCUCAGAAUAUGCUGACAAAAUUAAAGAAUUUUUGAAGGAAUACUAUAAGCAAGCCAUGAUACUAGCAACCAAUGCAGAAAACAAAGGGCAGAGGCAGGUCAGGGAAUUUGCAUUAAAGGCAGAGGAGAAAGUUAGUGAGUGGUCGAACACCGCCAGAAAAGCCGCUGUGGAACAUUCACAACUCCUCAAUGCCAAACUCAACGAAGCAUACAAUCAAUAUUUGAGUUCUUACGAAAAAUUCCUCACUAAAGCCAAUAACCUUAUUGAUCAAGUCAUCCAAAAGUACAAUGACUUUAUAGACUUCAUCACACAGAUGUUGCAAAAUUUGCAGAAUUCAGCCAGUGAGGGAAUAAAAACAUACCUUUCCACACGUAAAGGAGAAAUUAAAGUGGAUGUACCCCAUCCCUUUGACUGGAAAUCAUUUGAUGAAGUUCCUCAGGUGAGAAGUGACAUCAUAGCUAAGAGGGUGGAAAUUGUAAGUUCCAUGGUCCUUGAUGGCAUUGACAAAAGCUCAAAGAAAUGGGAAGAAGUACAACGCUUUAUUGAAAAACAACUUGAAGAUGGAAAAUUAAGUGCACAGCAGAUUAUUGAAAAUAUUUCUAACUGGAAAAAAAACUGAACAGAUAUUAUGCACUGUAGUAGCUGAACAUUAGGGUUUUUACUGUGAAAAAAAUAACAAUCAGUUUAUAUUACAUUUUAAAGCUAUUGUUGUUCCUUUAUUGGGAAAAAAAAUAAAAAUUGUUGUUAUUUCUAAAAGUUGAACUAAUAAAAUACCUUUGUUAUAAGCUGGCAUUGUAACUAUUUUCUCUCUCCUUCUUUACAUUAUAUAUAAUCAACAUUAAAAUGCAUCCUAACA